AUGAGCUUAUUGAUCUCAUGUUAUUUUACUAUUAUCAUUACAUACCGUAUUACUCAAAUCAAAGUUCGUUCGCGACGAGCGAAAAUCGAAGUACCAGUGAUCCUUUCAUUAAAUACACUUUGUAUACUCGUCGUGGAAAGUGCUUUGCAAAUACUUGAUGUGAAUUGGCCAACGAUACAGCGGGAUUUCUAUGAGUUCAUUCGUGAAGAGAAUUCAUUCUUUUGUCAAUUCCGUUCCUAUCUAUAUUACUCAGCAGUCAGUGCUCUCUAUUGGAGUUGUGCACUUCAAGCAUUCUUUCGAUUCGUUCGUAUUGUCCAUCCCGAAUGCGUACGGAUGCAUCAAGCGAAAAUCUAUUACAAUAUUUUCAUACCCGGUCAGAUUCUGUUUGCGUUUGGCAGCGUUCUGCCUUAUCUUCUGAUUUUCAAAGGUAUUCAACUGAUACCUAAUGAAAAUUAUUGUACAGCAUUGAUCAGCGAAUUUAACUCAUUGUUAUAUUUGAUUUUCAUUUUGUUUGCUUUGCCUCUUUUGGUUAUGUUUUUAUGUUAUAUUUGUAUUAUUUUCAAAAUACGUCGAACAUCAACAUCGAAGUUGUAUUAUCGAAAACGAAGUCGACGAGAAUAUUUCAUUAUUCAACGAAUAAUGACAGUAAUGCUGAUUCUGAGUGUGGCAUCGCUUCCUUCGAUUGUUGAUUUGAUCAUUUAUGCACCACAUGGUCGACUUGAUUCGCGUAUUUAUCGGAUUGAAUGGAUUUCAGCUUCAUUAAAUGCACUGUUUCUCGGCCUUUGUCAACCGUUUGUGAAUCCGCAAUUACGAAAAUUGCUGAAAAGUAGAAAAACAGUCAGAAGUAAAAUAUAA